UUAUAGGUCACUCUGUGGUAGAUUUUUCCCAAAAGUACCGUUAUAAAUCGGGAUGUCAGUAUCACGGACGGUGACUUGGUUGCCGCGGAUACCAAAAGCAGUGAAAAUUGGGCACAUUCCUCAACGUUUGAAAUCACCGCGACUAGAUUUCCAGCGAGCUCGUCUCGAAAUCCUGCGGCGGAUGUGUAGCACUUUAUUUCGUGAAGAGCGAGCAGAAUUUCGAUUCCACCGUGCAGUGGAGCUUCGUCCUUACGCUGAAAGGCUUCUUCAAUUUGGAAUACUUCGUGGUCCUGAAGACACGUAUACCAAAGAAAUGGUGGACUGGUGGAUAAUGGACGGUGAUAUACGUGAGAAGUUUUUCGAAGUAUAUGUCCCUCGGUUUCGGGAAAAAGAAGGCCCAUUUACAUCGUUACAUUUUAUUCAGGACGAUCCUAGCGAAGGGCAUUAUCAUAGAGGAGUCAUUGAAUUAAAUGGUAAUCCGUACCCACCUGUAGUUAUCCAAGAAAUGGAUUAUUCUCACAAUUUACUCAACGUGCUUCUGAAAAAUGCAAUUUGUCAACAGAUGUCGAACUUACAGACGCAGUAUGCUGCGAAACAGUGCGAACUGUCAUAAUAUUAAGUAUUUUGACAAUACCUGUAGAUAAAUUUUGACAGCAUCUAAGAAAAGAUAUUUGACGCGAGAAACUUCAGAUUCUUCUCGUUUUUCUUAAUAUUCCUCUGCUAUGUUUAGAAUUUUUAAAGUAUAGAAUGACAUGAAUUUAGAAUUUAGGAGUUUCUCCAUUGGUGAUUAUAUAAGAGCAGUGGUCAUUAACUCUUCGAAUCGUGAAUCCUUCACAAUGUGCCUAUAAAUGGCAAUAG